UAGUCUCCUGGACUCACUAGCUAAUGGAAUGGAGAUACUAUACAGUAUAGAGCUGCUGCUGGUGUAGAAUUCAGGGAAUACAAGCAAACUGGGAUAUGAGUUUGGAGGGGAGGACAAGUGGUUUAUAAUUUGGAAGACCCAGAAUACUGUCACUUUCCGAAUGCACUUUGCUGCUUGGCACUGUUUUCAGGCUUUGGCCCUUAAUCUACUUGAUUGAUUCAUUUAUUUGUGACCUAUGCCAGCCUGGAGUCAGUGCAUAUGACAACAGUAGUCAUACAGGAAGACUCCCAUGAGCUAGGACACAACUGCAAUGUUGAAGUAUCUGAAAAAUGUACUACGUAUCAAUCCUUAAAGGGAACAAUGUGAACAUGUAAAGAAAAAGCUGCAGUAGUUUCAAGAAAAUGCUUUUUUCUACGUUUGCUUUUGCAGCAACAGGAAGUGACUAGAUAACAAUUACAAAAUGUUGCGGUUCCCCCCAACUUAGUAGCUUCUUGUUUAGAGGUAUACUAGCUACAAAAUUUGCAGACAAGUAAUUUUCCAAGUUGAUGCUGUCCAUUUAAGAUAGGCAUCACAACUUGAUAAAUGUUUAUUUUUGGCAUUAGGGGGAUCUGUUACUACUUGGAAUAGCUUUAGAUAGUCUACCUCUAGAGCCCCAAUUUAAGCUAAAUUUGAUUGGAAAGGGAGCUGAUUUAGAUGUAGUCAUCAGGCUGUUACUGAUGUAACAGUUUGUUCUGAUCAUGCUAGUCAGCCCAAAACAAAUGCUUGUAUUCAGAACAGCUGUGGCAUAUUUUCUGUUACUGGCAUUUGAGGGAUCAUUAAUAGUUGGCAGUAUCUGACAUGGUGGUUACCUACUUUUCUGUUGACAUAUUGCUUUGGAUACAAAUUACAUAUUGGGGGCAGGAGGGAUGUUUGCUUAAACUGAAAAGCAAGAUCUGAUAGAGGCUUGGAGGAGUGUGGAGAUGAGGAAUCCUGUCCCACUUGACUGAAAGGCUAAAAUGGGAAAAAAGUUGGUUUGAGUCUGACUGGAUGUACAGUAGAACCUCCGUUACAAAUACUUUGGGAAUGGAAGUUGUAACUCUCACUGAACAAAAUGUUAUGGUUCUUGCAAAAGUUUACAAUUGAAAACUGACUUAAAUACAGCUUUGAAACUUUACUAUGCAGAAGAAAAAUGCUUUCACACAUCUUAAUUUAAGUGAAACAAGCACAGAAAGUUACUAAAAAAAUUAAGGGGAAGUUUAAAAGGAAGUUUACUUUUAACACAGGAUUUUACUGUAUUUGAUGUUUUUGGUCUCUGCAGCUGCCAGAUUGUGAACUUCUGAUUCCAAACUGGUCAGUUUGUAACUGGUGUUCGUAACUCUGGUUCUACAGUAUAACUUUUACUAGGUUGGCACCAGGGUCCUUACCGUUUUUGUACUGUGGCCAUAGAAGCAGUUGUAUCCACUUCAGAGUGUAACAAAAAUAAUACGAUAGUGCUUUCGCUCCCUAAUUCAUGAGGCAGUUGGACUUCCUGUGAUGAACACCCUGUCUACAGCAGAGGUCCUCAAACUGGGACAUGCCCCUCUAGGGAGGAGUGGAGGAACAUUCAGGCCUGGGCCAGCCCUGAUGGGGGGCAGAGUGGGAGUGCCACCCAGCCCCACUUUGCUUGAGCCAUAGCUGGGGCUCUGCUUUUGACUCUGGCCUGAGGCUCAGCUGUGACUCUGCUCCCGGACCCAGAUAUGUCCCCAGCCUUGGCCCCCCCUUAGCCCUGUCCAGCCCCACCUGGGUUGUGGGGAGGAGAGAGAGAUGAGACUGAAAAGUUAAGGAACUACUGGUUUACAGCAUUUUUGGCUUGGGCAUUUACUACCUGCUAAUUGUGGCAUCAUGAUAUAUUUGAAUACUGAAUUAGCUUUUGAGCUUGAAUGAUCCCUUUUAAAACACUUUUAAACUUAUUAAACUCGAGCUAAUUUUAAAGAACCUGUGGUACUCUUCAAGAGUGAUGGCAGUAAAGUGUCCUGGCUAAAUUCCAGGUUGGUGAUUGCCUGCCAAAAAUUAUGGGAGCUGCAGGGGCAAUGCCCACGGACGAGGCAGCACAUAGCUGCCUGGCCAUGCCUCCCCAUAGGAGCUGGAGAAGAGAUAUGCCACUGCUUCCAGGAGCUGCUUGAGGGUGGCUCUGAUGCUGCUGUACCAACAGCAAAAAUGACGAUUUCUUUUGCAGUCGAUCGUGUGGAUGGUUCUGUUCCAGAUGAUGCAGAUAAGGACCCAAACUGGAGAAGCAGGAGGAGCCCCAGUGAGUGGGAAAAUCCUGGAUGCCGACUAGUCAGUAUCUUGUCUCAGAGGAAGGGAAGAUCCAGAGUCUGCACAGUCUCAACUGAGCCACAGGAAACACAUGAGCUGGUUUUAGGUGGGAAGGCUACGACCAAUACAGAGGCAGCAGUGAAAGACACAAUGAGGAUGACUGGAUGUGGAAGCUGUGGCAUGUAUAUGAUCCUGGAGGGGGUACCUGAAAAGAGUUUCGUCUGCAUGAAGUGUCGACUGAUAGAACUGAUGGAAGAAAAGAUCCGAGGGCUGGAGAUGCAGGUGGAAACUUUGGUCGAGUUUAGAAGGGCGUUCAAGCGGAUGGUGGAGCAAAGACAUAAGGCUGAAGGGAAAAGUUCAGACUUGCAGAUGGAAGCAGGACCUAAGAAUUCUGAGGGGAGACUGCUGGAUGAGGAAAGCGGACGGUGGAAGCAUGUGACUAAGAGAACCAGGCAGAGGAAAAGAUGGGCCAGUGCAGGAGAAAUAGAGCUCAGGAACAAGUUCGCAGAGUUGGAAAAUGAAGAGGGGCACAGCAGGUGGUCGCUGAAGGUGACAGGGCAAGGAAGAAGAGAAGAGCAGCUAGUCCUAUAGGAAGAGGCCCCGGAGGUUUUUCGCCUUCCUCUGCAG